CAAAACAUUUUCAGCCGGCUCCUUCUCUUUGUCCAUCCUCUCUCAGCUGAGGCAACAUCUACAGCUACACCAUGGCCAAUGUUGUCGAUACAAAACUGUACGACCUUCUGGGUGUCUCUCCGUCCGCAACUGAAAACGAACUUAAAAAGGCAUACCGGAAACUGGCCAAAGAAUAUCAUCCUGACAAGAAUCCAAACGCUGGUGACAAGUUCAAGGAAAUCAGCUUCGCCUACGAGGUCCUGACCAACCCCGAGAAAAAGGAGCUGUAUGACCGCUAUGGGGAGCAGGGCUUGCGGGAAGGAGGCGGGGGAGGCCCCGGGAUGGACGACAUCUUCUCCCACAUUUUCGGCGGCGGGCUGUUCGGCUUCAUGGGUGGCCAGGGCGGCCGCUCCCGGAACGGCGGCCGGAGGAGAGGCGAGGACAUGGUGCACCCCCUCAAGGUGUCGUUGGAGGACCUCUACAACGGGAAAACGACCAAGCUGCAGCUCAGCAAGAACGUGCUGUGCAGCUCUUGUAACGGGCAGGGAGGGAAGACGGGCGCCGUCCAGAAGUGCACCGCCUGCCGGGGGCGCGGCAUGCGCAUCAUGAUCAGACAGCUGGCGCCGGGGAUGGUCCAACAGAUGCAGUCUGUGUGCACCGACUGCAACGGAGAAGGCGAGGUCAUCAGCGAGAAGGACCGCUGUAAAAAAUGCGAGGGCAAGAAGGUGGUGAAGGACGUGAAGAUCCUGGAGGUGCACGUGGACAAAGGCAUGAAGCACGGCCAAAAGAUCACCUUCGGAGGCGAGGCCGACCAGGCGCCCGGCGUGGAGCCCGGCGACAUCGUUCUCGUCCUGCAGGAAAAGGAGCACGAGACAUACAAGCGAGAAGGCAACGACCUGUUCAUGAACCAUAAGGUGGGGCUGGUGGAGGCGCUGUGCGGCUUCCAGUUCAUGCUGAAACACUUAGACGGCAGGCAGAUCGUGGUCAAGUACCCGGCUGGAAAAGUCAUUGAACCAGGCUCCGUCCGGGUGGUGCGAGGAGAGGGAAUGCCCCAGUACAGAAACCCCUUUGAGAAGGGCGACCUCUUUAUCAAGUUCGACGUCCAGUUUCCCGACAACAACUGGAUCAGCCCCGAAAAACUUGUGGAGCUGGAGGACAUGCUUCCCUCGCGGUCAGAGCCCCCCAUCAUCAGCGGGGACACGGAGGAGGUGGACCUGCAGGACUACGACGUCAGCCAGAGCUCGUCGUCGGGCGGCCGCAGAGAGGCCUACAACGACAGCUCCGACGAGGAGGGCAGCCACCACGGGCCGGGGGUGCAAUGCGCCCACCAGUAAUCCAUGACCCCACCCCCCCUCUAUACACACACACACACACACAUAAAUAUAAAUAUGUAUACACAGGCAUAUGACCCACAUUGUACAGGGGGGAGAACAUGUAGAAGUGGCAGAGUGAAGGAGGAGGUUCUACAGGCGGAGGAGGCCUGGCAGCUCCCCAGACACAGAUCCAGAACGUCACAUUGACUCCUGCACCCCGAACUCCAUGACAAACUCGAAGUGCUCGAAUCAUUUUGAUCUCUGUCUGAGGAGCUCCCGCCCGGGGGCAGCCGGACUAAUCCACUGCACCUAAAUCAUACAUAGAGACAUUCAGCCAGCCGAGGCGCGCAGGGCUCAGCAAAAGAAGGCGUUGCCCCCGUGAACACAGAGCCAUGCAGGACUAUGAGCUGGUGUUCAUGCUAACCCCUCCCACAAAGCCCCUCUUCAUGUUCCUCACCCUGUGUUCAUGCCCCCCCCCUCAACCCAAUGGGAGCCCCUGAUCAGCCGAAGAAAGGAUUGCUUCCCGUUUGCCGAGUGCGUGGCUUGCAUUAUGUUUUCAUAGUAUUUACAUUAAUUUAAACUUAAACUAACCAUUGAGCAAACGGAAGCAAAACAGCUGAGUAAUGUGACACAACAGAUCUUUCGAUUAUUCGCUCACUCAUGGACUCAUCCACUCAGAGCCAUUUUGUAGGACUUGUUUCUGAUUUUUACGCCUUUAUUUUCUUUAUAGGAUUCUACUUUUUUUUUUCCUUUAUAUUUUUAAUUCAAGAUGAACAUUGGUUGUGUAUAUCAUUGAAGUGGUUGUUGGUAAGCUUCAUCAGCUGCUUGUAUUCCGAGCUGUGAUUUUUAAAAGAAAAAUCAUUAGUGAAAUGAGGAAAAGAUGAAAAAUUAAAAAAAAAAAAACCUAACAGUCUGUAUCUGUGCUGAGACCAUGUGCAUGUAAAAAGCUUUGGUUCCUGCACUUACCAAACAUAAAAACAAAGCAGCACUCUUCUUAAGAAAUGUCUAUGAAGUUGUUCAAUAAAUUGUUGACAUAUCAUGUGGCUGUGGUGGUUUUCUUUAUUUAUACUGUUUAAUCUAACUUAUUGAUUAAACUGA